AUGUCUCUCAAGCGCAAGGCAUCUUUCUCGGCGAUGCCGUCCGCGCCCUCAGCUCCCGCGCCCGGGGAAUGGGCCAUGGCCGAUAGCUCCCAGCACCUUCACAGCCGAACCCGAAAGCGUUUCCGAGAUGGACGUCCAAGCGAUGAGGUGGUGUACCAGAAAACCCUCCGCUGGAUCUUCUCCGCCCAACAACAGCAGCAAAAGAAUGGCGCGUCGAAUGGUGCAACCGAUGAGGCCAUGGACUUGGAGCCAACCCUUCCCUCCCCAGAGAUCGUGGAUCCGCGACAGCAAACACUUCUGCGCUUCUUCCAACCACGACCUCAGGCGUCAUCGCCUUUCCGACCAUCGCGCGAAGCGCUGGCGCCCCGAGCCAACGAGACUGCUAUUGACCGCGAUGAUAUGCUCCGACGUCAAGCCUUCAUGGGCACGGCGGGUGGCUCGAGCGGAAGCGAAACGAUGAGCCCCGGGUUUAACCAGAUGGACAUGGACAUGGAUAUCGACAUGGACACCGACCAAAGCAGUGAAGGUUCGAGCUCAGCGUCAAAUAUGGGCGUGGUGGGAUGGAUGUGA